AAGAUAUUUAAAGGCGCCGGCGCCACGCGCAGGCCCCUAACCGGCGCCGCCUGCCGCGCUCCAGUCCUCGGCCCGCGGCUCGGCACCCUUCGCUCGUAUCCAUCACUCCGUGCGGAAACGCCGCCGACAUGUCGGACAAGCUGCCUUACAAAGUCGCUGACAUCGGCCUGGCCGCCUGGGGGCGCAAGGCCCUGGACCUCGCAGAGAAUGAGAUGCCGGGCCUGAUGCGCAUGCGGGAGAUGUACUCGGCCUCCAAACCACUGAAGGGCGCCCGCAUUGCCGGCUGCCUGCACAUGACCGUGGAGACAGCUGUCCUCAUUGAGACCCUCGUUGCCCUGGGUGCUGAGGUGCGGUGGUCCAGCUGCAAUAUCUUCUCCACCCAGGACCAUGCAGCAGCUGCCAUUGCCAAGGCUGGCAUUCCAGUGUACGCCUGGAAGGGUGAAACGGACGAGGAAUAUCUGUGGUGCAUUGAGCAGACGCUGUACUUCAAGGACGGGCCCCUCAACAUGAUUCUGGACGAUGGUGGUGACCUCACCAACCUCAUCCACACCAAGUACCCACAGCUCCUGUCAGGCAUCCGAGGCAUCUCCGAAGAGACCACAACGGGGGUCCACAACCUGUACAAGAUGAUGGCCAGCGGGAUCCUGAAGGUGCCUGCCAUCAAUGUCAACGACUCUGUCACCAAGAGCAAGUUUGACAACCUCUAUGGCUGCCGGGAGUCCCUCAUAGAUGGCAUCAAGCGGGCCACGGACGUGAUGAUUGCGGGCAAGGUGGCGGUGGUAGCGGGCUAUGGCGACGUGGGCAAGGGCUGUGCCCAGGCCCUCAGGGGCUUCGGGGCCCGUGUCAUCAUCACGGAGAUCGACCCCAUCAAUGCGCUUCAGGCUGCCAUGGAGGGCUAUGAGGUGACCAUCAUGGAUGAGGCCUGUCAGGAGGGCAAUAUCUUUGUCACCACCACGGGCUGUAUUGACAUCAUCCUCGGCCGGCACUUUGAACAGAUGAAAGAUGACGCCAUUGUGUGUAACAUCGGACACUUUGACGUGGAGAUUGACGUCAAGUGGCUGAACGAGAACGCUGUGGAGAAGGUGAACAUCAAGCCCCAGGUGGACCGCUACUUGUUGAAGAAUGGGCGCCGCAUCAUCAUUCUGGCCGAGGGCCGGCUGGUCAACCUGGGCUGCGCCAUGGGCCACCCCAGCUUCGUGAUGAGCAACUCCUUCACCAACCAGGUGCUGGCGCAGAUUGAGCUGUGGACCCACCCAGACAAGUAUCCCGUUGGGGUCCACUUCCUGCCCAAGAAGCUGGAUGAAGCAGUCGCUGAAGCCCACCUGGGCAAGCUGAAUGUGAAGCUGACCAAGCUGACUGAGAAGCAGGCCCAGUACUUGGGCAUGUCCUGCGAUGGCCCCUUCAAACCUGAUCACUACCGCUAUUGAGAACCAGGCCCGCCCUUUGCCUUCCAGCUGCUGUCCUUGCCUGGGUCCCACCUCUCCUCCCCAAGAGCAAAUGGCACCACCUUUGAGAUUGGUUUGAUAAUGUUCCCCAUCAACUCCCUGGGGCUAGUCACUCAGUCUUUGGCCUCUGCUGCAUCCCUCAUACUGUUCCAAGUGUGGCAGGGGGAAUUGAGAAGUCCCUCCUCAAGCCCUGGUCAUGAUCGAGGUACACGGGAGUUACCCACAGGGAGCCAUGAGCUCAGGGGUUCUGGAACUGCUCACUCAGUCAGUCCUUCCUUAGGCUGGAAGUUGGCAGUGGUGUUCACAAAGCCCAUGCACUUUACCAUCCAGGCCCUCACUUGGCCUAUGGACUUUUUAUACCCAUGUUCUUGGUUUAUAGGUUCAUUGGUUCCUCAGCCCAUGACAGAUGAGAAGGAGCUCUGUCAAAGGGUGUGGAGGAACUGUUGGAAUUUGAAUGCUCCUGAGAGCCCGGCUUAGUGCUUGGCAUUCUCUUAAACCUCAGAACGAUGAGGUUGGUACUUUUAGUCCCUAUUUUACAGGGGUUGGAAUAUAUUGUUAAGGGAUAGCCAAGAAAGGACGAGAGAAGUGACAGCCAGAGGUUGAGAGGGGCCAGAGAAACGUAAAAGUGCAUUGUAACUUGAUGUUCUCUUCACAACUCUGGGUCAAAAAGAGAUUAAUUUGGUUUAUAAUGUUAAAAGAGAGCAAGAAGGUGGGUUAAUAAAAAUUUUGGUGCCUAAAAGAAUUUUGAGCCUUUAUUUUAUAGAUAAUCCACUGCCAACGAUGUAGGGUGUAAGCCAAGGGGUAAUAGUCUGAUGUGCUGUAAUAGUCUGCUGUGUUGCAGUGUGGGGUGACGGGCUGCAGGCACACCCUUGGGCUUGGAAGACUGUGUAAAAUGAAGAGAGAACUCUUGUGUCUUCAGGUGUGUCUUUUGUAAACAGCCUGUUUUUUACCCAACCUAAGCGUCAUUUAAUAAGUGAGAUUAACCUAUUUAUAUUUA